UUGACAAGUUAAGAGACCGGGAGAGAGUGGAAACCUAGCUCCCGCUUUUUCCAUCUUCCUCUCUCACACGUGCUCUACGCCGGAAAAAAACAUGGACGGUGGCGAUGGAAACCAAGCCUUGACCAGCACCCGGUUCUCCGACCUUGAACCUCCCCUCUCAGAACCAGUUCUAGAGGCGUUAGCCCAGUUAGGUUUUGAAUUCUGUACUCCAGUUCAAGCCGCCACAAUUCCGUUGCUAUGCAGCCACAAGGACGUCGCCGUCGACGCCGCCACUGGUUCGGGGAAAACCCUAGCGUUUGUAGUUCCGGUCGUCGAAAUCCUCCGACGAUGUUCUAGCAGUCGCCCCAAACCUCACCAGGUAAUGGGGAUUAUAAUUUCUCCAACCAGGGAGCUUUCCUCACAAAUUUACAGUGUUGCUCUUCCUAUCGUUUCUACAUUGUCGAAUAUCAAAUCGGUGCUUCUCGUUGGAGGCGCAGAUGUCAAAGAAGACAUGAAUAAGAUAGAAGAAGAAGGUGCAAACUUGUUGAUUGGGACCCCAGGAAGGCUAUUUGAUAUGAUGGAACGUAUGGAGAACUUGGAUUUUCGGAACUUUGAGGUUCUGAUAUUGGAUGAAGCAGAUAGGCUCCUGGACAUGGGAUUUCAAAGGCAGAUAACUUCAAUUAUAGCUCGUUUGCCCAAGCUUCGUAGGACUGGUCUUUUUUCAGCUACACAAACUGAGGCAGUUGAAGAACUUUCCAAGGCAGGGCUAAGGAAUCCUAUCAGGGUCGAAGUAAGGGCAGAAACACAACUUGCACCUUCGAGAACUCCAUCUAGUCUUCAUAUUGAGUAUUUGGAAUGUGAAGCAGACAAGAAAUCCACUCAACUUGUCGACAUUCUUGUUAAGAACAAAUCCAAAAAAAUCAUAGUAUACUUCAUGACUUGUGCAUGUGUUGACUAUUGGGGAGUUGUUCUACCACAGCUUACCCUUUUAAAAGGAUUUUCCUUGAUCCCUCUACAUGGAAAGAUGAAACAGACCGCCCGGGAGAAAGCACUAGCCUCAUUUGUAUCCCUUUCAAGUGGUGUUCUUCUAUGCACAGAUGUUGCUGCCCGUGGACUUGACAUUCCUGGCGUUGAUUGUAUACUGCAGUAUGAUCCUCCUCAAGAUCCUAAUGUAUUUGUACAUAGGGUUGGUCGCACUGCUCGAUUGGGUAGAGAAGGAAAUGCCAUUGUUUUUCUUUUGCCGAAGGAAGAAGCUUAUAUAGAAUUCCUUUCCAUAAGAAGGGUUCCCAUUCAAGAGAGAAUUUGUUGUAGUGAUGCCUUAGAUAUAGUUCCACAGAUACGAACUGCAGCAAAAAAGGAUCGCGAUGUCAUGGAGAAGGGAGUCAAGGCAUUUGUUUCUUUUAUACGUGCUUAUAAAGAGCACCACUGCUCUUUCAUUUUCAGGUGGAAAGAACUUGAAAUAGGGAAGUUGGCCAUGGCGUAUGGUUUGUUGCAGCUGCCUUUGAUGUCCGAGGUGAAACGCCACUCCCUUUCAACCGAGGGUUUUGUUCCCAUUGAAGAUAUUAACUUUGAGGAGGUUAAAUUCAAGGAUAAAUCUCGAGAAAAACAACGGAAGAAAAACCUCCAAGCUAAGAAGGAAGCACAAAAGCAACAGCCUAAACCUGAACCAAAGAAAGAUCCAAAUGCCGCAGCUCCCAUCUUAAGAAAGAAAACAGCUCGACAGAGACGUGCUGUACAGACAGCUGAAGACGAGGAUGAGUUGACGCGUGAAUAUCGAUUGUUGAAAAAACUCAAAAAGGGAACUAUCGAUGAAGCUGAAUAUGCCAAGCUAACUGGGACCGAGGAGCUACUGUGAAAUGCAUGAGUAAAUGCUAAGAUCCUACGAAAACUCAGGACGUUUACGAUCUAUCGAGAGUCUCGAGCAUUGGAGAAGGUCGGUAUUCUUCCUUAAACCAGAGAGAAUUCUUUCUGGAAGUUUAUUUGGAGAUGUUAUGCUGUGGAAAAGCAACCAGCUCUUCAAUGGGAAUCUUUGGAGGAAGCUUUAUGGUUUAAAGCUUUGGUUUCAGGGGGGAACAAGUUUUGCUCAACUGAUACUGAUUGGUCUACUGACAUUCUUAAGAGUAUUAAGUUCUUUUUGUUUCUAAAUUUGUAUGUUAUAGAGCAAACAUUUGCAGUGUUUUUGUUUGUAAAUCCCCUUUCUCAGGCUUCA